GCUUGUACUUUUGUUUCAGCUGCUGUUGCUUAAAGGGGUGGAUGUCCAGACUGGAUGAAAAUGGCAAGUGGAGGAAACACUGGUUUGUUUUGACUGAUGGUUCACUGAAGUAUUACAGAGAUUCAGAAGCUGAGGAGUCAGACGACCUGGAUGGAGAGAUCGCAUUGACUUCCUGUGUGAAUGUGUCCGCGUGUGAUGUGGAGAAGAACUACGGGUUCCAGAUACAUACAAAGAGAGCAGUGUUCACUCUCUCUGCCUUGACCUCCAGAAUACGACGGAACUGGGUGAAGUUGCUAAAACAGGCGAUCCACAAUAAUACCCCCCAAUCAGACACCGGCAGCGAGAAAGAGAACCCCCUCUCCCGGAGACCGUCGUCAUGCCAACCUCCCGCUCAGCUCACCUGCGGGGACUCGAGCUAUGAAGCUACUCCUGCCGGUAUCAAGUCCACUGUUACCGCUGCUGCCUCUCAUCGAGCUGACCGCCACCAAACUAGGUGUGUAGACGGGGAUUUGGAUGCAGCGCCGUCCGACUUAUCUCCAGCCAGUCAGAGGGAAGCAGGGGAGGGCUGGGACAGGGAGCAAGCGAAGCGAUUGGAGGAGAGGAACAAGUGGUUUGAGGAGGGGAUCCCAUUCAGCGAGAUGGGCAGCAGGUGGGACUCCAUGGAGCUGAAGAAGGGGAGCGUGCCUGUGCCUGUAACUGAUACCAUAGACUCAGAAGUCAGCAGGAAGUGGCUAGAAUUCGAGAGGAUGUCUUUCAGGGAAAUGAGCGCACAAUCUCUCAUUGGAGCCCAGACUCAUCAGUCAAGCACCUCAGAGACGUCGCAGUCUCUCGUUAGCCCCCAAACCUUUCUGCCAAGUUGUGAGGAGGCCUUCCAGUCUCUCAGUGGUACCCAAACUAGUAAAGGGAGCUCCAACCAGGCUGUUCCCUCUGUGAAUGGCACCCAAACCUCUCAAUUAAAUGCAGCUGAAGCCCUUCAAAGGGAGGCCCUCUCCCUUAGACAGCAGGUGGAGAGUAUUAAAAGGGAGCGAGUGGCCAUGGGGAUGGAGGUGGACAGCCCGUGUGGCCCUGGGGCCCCCUGCAGGGCCAGACUGGAGGCCAUGGAAGCAGCUCAUCGGAGUGCACUCCAGGAGCUGCAGGAGAAACACGCCAGAGAGAUCAGGGAGCUGGAGAGACAGAGGGACAGGAUGCUAGAGGAGGAGAGCCAGGCAGCUGCUAAAGCUAUGGAGGCACUGAGAGCGGCUCACAGGGAGGAGCUCGACAGAGAGGUGGAGAGGGCCAGGAGGUUAGCUGGAGGGGCUGCACAUGUGGACACUGCAUACCGAGGACAGACACCCCAGGCUGAGGUCUUACACAGUGAGCUGGAUGUGCUGUCAGAGCGAUACUCACAGAAGUGCCUGGAGCUGAGCCGCACUGAGCAGAGCAGCAGAGGCCGAGAGACAGAGCUUGGCCGCAAGGAGAGAGAGCUGGAGCAGCUCAGAAGAGAGAACCAGGAGCUAAAGGCCAGGCUGGCUGAGGAGAUCAGUCGCAUGCGCCCCUUCAUCACAGGGCAGAAGUCAGAGAUGAUAUCCCUCAGCAAAACUGAACGUAGUGCAUCGGAUGUAGAGGUGCUAUUGAGGGCAAAAGAAAAUGAGGUGCAGUAUCUUCAGAAAGAAAUCAGCUGUCUGCAGAGUGAAGUUCAGUCUCUUAUUAAGGAGAAAGAAGCAGCUUAUGAGCGGUACAAGGAAGUUUAUGUAGAACUGAAUGAGAUGAAAAGUCGCAGCUACUUGGAGUCGGGCUCCCUCAAGGAACACCUGAGACUGGCCAAUGCCGCGCUGCAGGAGGGGGCAAGAGAAACUUGACCGGUGGAGGAAAAUGACACUUAAAGAAGCCAAUAUAAAACAAAACACACAAUGCAAUGAUAUGAUUUGUUGUUA